CAGGCGGAGAGGGCGGGGCUCCAUCCUCUCCAUCCUGCGCGCUGGGCUUGUUGCUGAUGAGGGAGGACUGGGAGGCAGGAGUCUGGGACAGGAGGAGAAACAGGAGACCGUGGAUUUAUCCAUACAAGGAAAAACGUCCCCCUUGGUUCUUUCCCCAAAGAUCCCAAGAUGGCGGCCAAUGGCGUUGUGGGUUCGGAGUCGGAAGACCUUGAACAGCGCAUCCACCAGGUCAACAAUGAGGCUUUGGAGAGCACCAGGAGGAUGUUGCAGCUGGUAGAUGAGAGCAAAGAUGCCGGAAUUCGAACUUUGGUCAUGCUGGAUGACCAGGGAGAACAGCUGGACCGGAUUGAGGAUGGCUUGGACCAGAUCAUCCAAGACAUGAAGGAGGCCGAGAAGAACCUCACGGACAUGGCGAAAUGUUGCGGCCUCUUCGUCUGCCCCUGCGCAAAGUUAAAGAACAUAAAAGACUUGGAGGCCACCAAGGCCAGCAACGGCCAGGUGGUCUCUCGACAACCCUGUGUGGUGGCCGAUGGAAACCAGAUGGUCAUGAGUGGGCCCUUCAUACAGAGGAUAACGAAAGACGACGUGGAAGAAGAGAUGGAACAGAACCUGACGCAGGUGGACAGCAUGCUGAGCAACCUUCGCAGCAUGGCGGUGGACAUGAGCAACGAAAUCGACGUCCAGACCAAGCAAGUGGACAGCAUUAAGGAAAAGGCCAUCGCCAACGUGAUUAGCAUCAACGCGGCCAACAACCAGACUACCAAGAUGCUGAAAAAUGCCUGAGCCGCCCCGCCCACCGCCUUUUAUCCUCCCCACCCCACCCCUAAAAGAAACGGCUUCAUCCACCUGAAUUUGGAUUGGUUUCAAAUCAAGGCAGUUCCAAAUCACGUUCCCCAUUUUGAGACGCCUCCACUUCCUGAGUAAGCUUGCAUGCGAGUAACUAGAAAAGGAGCAGUGGAUUGUAGGGAAAUAGCGCCUUUGUACACACGAGGGACACGAUCCUCCUGGAUCCAUUUGCAGAAGUGUUACACCUGUUUGCACAAGAGACUGUUUUCUGUACAUACCCAGGGACACUGAGCAAGACCACUUAUUGGAAGGCUAUGGCUGCUGUCCUAUUUGAAAGUAAGUCCUUUUGAUCAAUGUGGGAGUUGCUUCCUGCUAAACUUUCUCUCAUGCACACACGCGCACACAUACACACACGAUUGGGCUGCUCCCGUGCAACAUUUUCCAAUAAGCAAGGAUCGGCUCUCACUGGGUAAAGAAGUGGUUCUCCAUAGAUGGGAUGCAAACGUCCAGCCUGUUUAGUUUGGAGAGUCGUAACUUGAGAACAACACAUCGCAAGGUUUAGGUGACAGGUUGGAAGGUGACGACGUAAAACAGAGGCGCAAGAUGCCCUGAACAGGCUCAGCGUGUGAUCUUGGUGUGAGUCUGGAGAUGGCACCUCCUUGGUCUUGGCACCCAGGACUGGUCCAGGACAAAGCCCACAAUAAUAAGUACAAUUCAUUAUUUAUUAUGACAAAUUCGGUUGGGGGAAGGGUUGUAGCUGGGUGGUAGAGCAUCUGCAAGCAUUGACCCCAGGUUCAAUGAUAUGACUUGGCGCAAGGCAGCUCCCUAUGGCACCCCUUGAUUCACAACCAUGAGGACUAGGAUCUUAGUUUAUUUUUAGGGGAAGGGCCACAGAUCGGGGUAGGCCACCUGCUUUGCGUGAAGGAACUCCCAAGUUCUGUUCCCACUGGCAGAAUCUCCAGGGAGGGUCGGGAGAAACUCAUGUCUGUAGCUACACUGCUGCCAGCCAGUGUAGACUAUACUGAGCUAGGUGGACCAACCAAGUGACUGGGUUUAAGGCUGCUUUCUUUGUUCCUGAUAACCUCAGAAGCCAGAUGUUUCUCUCCGCGUUUGUGCAUGCAGACCAAACCAAAACCAAGCUUUAACUGCGGGAUGAAUGGCUGUGACAAUCCCAUCGUACGAGACUGUAAACAGAGCAUCUUUAUUAAAUUCUGAUUUCGGUUUAAA